UUAUAUAAAAAGCGCAUAUUAACAUAAGUCGUUAGAGAUAGUAUUGAACGCAAUCAAUGACCAAACAAUUGAUAAGAUAUGAAUUGUGAUAAGUAAAUUCAAUCAAUAGCAAAAGGGCACCAUACUAGUGUCGUAUCAAUCGUUAUAAUGUUAACUUGUCAUACGUAAUUAUCGCAGAAAACGUCACGAAGUGUGGACCAAAAAAUGGAUGAUGUGCAAAAAGUUGAACGGUAUAACAUUGCAAAAUCACAUUUCCCUAAACUGCAUGAGAAAAUACAAAACAAAUAUAAUGAAAUGCAAAAGAAGAUUGAAAAAUCUAAAUCAAUAGAUAUGUUAAUGUGCAUUGGUGAUAAUUUUAUAUACAAAGAACCUAAAAGACAUCUAAGCACGAGUGAUGUUAGAAAUGGAUAUCAAGAUAACGAGAGAAAUAUUGAAAGUGAAAAUAAACUACGAACAGAAACGAUGAAGAUUGAAAGUUCUAAAGAAAUAAAUGUAUCGUAUGAAGAAAUUAAUUUUAAAGAAGUUGUUGUUACUGAAGCAAAUAAUGAUAUAGGAAAUGACAAAAUUGAAAGUGAAAAUGAAGAUAACCUUUCGGAUAAUAUUUUUCUCAGUGAUAUGAGUAAUUUUUCGAAAACAAGCUUGGAAUCUUUACAAGAUAUAGGCAGAGAAACUGAUGAGUCAAGCCUUCCACCUACACCGACAACGAAGUCAAUACGUCAAAAAAUCGGCCUACGUAUGACAGCUGUGAAAGAAAAACGGAACGCUUAUAGGGAAAAAAAGAAAGAAGUCCGCGAGAAAGUGGAAAAGCUAAUUCUAACGAACUCGCCCAACGAUCAUUAUGAUAAAUUUCUCAAAAGAACUAAAUUUGCAACGACUACUAUUGCAUUAAUAGAAGCUUCUGGUUUUGAAAAUGACGAUGAGAAAUUCCGAUUCUUAAUCUGCCGUUUAAGGUUAGGUUUGGAAAAACGCAAAUCAAAAGUUAUAAAAACUAAUAAAUCAGUAGUAAAAUGGCAAGAUGUUAUACAUAUAAGUAUGUAUGAAGAAACAUUAUUGGAGAUUUCACUUUGGGAUAGAGAUGUAUUCAUGGGCAAAUGCGUCGUGGAUUUAUCUCUUCUGAAACAUGAAAAAACACACAAAAUGCGGAUCAAUUUAGAAGGUGACGGUCGCAAUAUAAAAUUGUUCUUUCUAAUAACGAUAAGCGGAACAGUUCUUAACAACACAAUCCUUGACCUUGACGAUUACCAAAAUAUCCGGAAUAAAUUGAGCAUGGAACGCAAAAAAUUUGCCUGGUAUCGAACAUUGAAAGAUUUCUCAGACGUUGGCUGGUUAUCUGUUAUUGUCUUCGGCGCCAAAGGACUACCUACUACAGACUGUUCUUGUAUAUUAAAACUGAACAACGAAGCACUUUACACACACACUGUUCACAAAACAAAUGAGCCAAAUUGGAUGAAGAUAUUUACGUUCACAGUAACUGAUAUAACAUCAGUUCUAGAAGUAAUUGUGUUUGAUGAAAAGAGAUCGGAGGAUGUUGGAAAGAUUUCAAUACCAUUGUUGAAAAUAAGUACAAAUGAUAAAAAAUGGUACGCACUCAAAGGCAUUAAUCUCAAAGAGAAAGCUAAAGGAAAUAAUCCAAGAAUACUCUUAGAAAUGGGAAUUACAUGGAAUCUCAUAAAAGCAUCGGUUCGUGUUAUAAAUCCGAAAGAAGCCGAUCUAUUAGAAACUGAGGAUAAAUUAGACCGGCACAUCUUCGCACGUAAUAUAUCACGGGCCAAAGCAAUAUAUUCCUGGACAAUGAGCACAUUUCAAAUAUUCAAGACAAUGUUUGAAUGGGAAUCAAGGAAAAGUAAUAUCAUAGCUUUAAUAGCUUGGUUAUUUUUUUGUUGGAUCUUCAAAAUUUGGAUGCUACCUCUACUUCUUCUUAUACCGUUCGCGUGGUACAAGCCUUCAAAGAACCCCGUACUAAUGAUCAGAAGAAGGUUUGAGCAAAUUCCAAUAGAAGGAGAAGAAAUUCCAAAGCAGGAAAAGGAAGAAAAAAAUUUAACACUUCGACAGAAAAUAAAUUCCCUCCAAGACAUGGUACACACCGUACAAAAUGUAAUUGGAAAAUUUGCAAGUCUCGGUGAAAGCGUUAAAAACCUUUUUAAUUUCUCUGUACCAUUCGUGAGUUGUUUGGCGAUAUUUUUAAUAUUGUUCAUAACAUUGGUUAUGUAUCUGAUACCACUUAAAUACAUACUUAUGAUUUGGGGAAUACAUAAAUUUACAAGGAAAAUUUUAAAACCUAAUAGAAUACCAAACAAUGAAAUAUUAGACUUACUUUCGAGAGUGCCUGACGAUGAAACUUUGAUUGACUGGGAACAGUAUUCUUUGGAAACUUUGUCCGAUGAAGAUGAACAUUUGUGACUAUCAAGAUCUGAAUAACAUAAGAUUAUUUUUAUAUUAUUUUAAGGCCUUGUCUGUUUUCUUUAGGUUAUUAUAGACAUAUGCUCGAAAAACAUUACCCUCUUCGUAAUUCGUGUAAAAAUAAAUAUCAAUUUUAUUUUUAAAUGCACAAUAGCACGUUUAUCUUAUUAUAAAUUAAUGAUUCUGCGUGUUUCGUCCUCUGCUGAUUAAACAACCCAAUGCCUCUGCAAAUGUGGAUGACUAUGGGCAUUGGUCGCUUCGCUAUUUUAGCGAAUUUAGGUGAGACUAUAAGAUGUUUAUUUUUAUAGCAGAAAGUAGAAUUAUAUUUACUUAAAUACAAUUAUUUAUUCCAACACAUAAGACAGUUUCAUGGAUUUCUUGAUCCAUAAAUCAUUCUGAGUUGCAUUACGGUUGAAUAUCACAUCAUUGGUGAUGUACAGCUCAUAAAUUAACCAAUCCAUCUUCUGCUUAGUAUGCAAACAGUGCGCGUUUAACUAAACCACUAAUCAUCUGAUUAGAAGCAAAUUACACAUUUGCCUUUGAAGACUACGAAUUUGCAUCCCUAGUAAUUACUUUGAUAAUAAUCUGAUUAAUAUCAAGUAAUUGUCGAAAUAUUAUAUUGCAUUACUGUGUUAAUUUUUCUUCGUUUCGUGAAAUGUGCAAGAAACAUUUAAGAUGCUAUUGAUGCUGCAUCGUUAUUGCUUGUUUCUUGUUUUAUAUUUAUAAACGCGCAUACAAAUAUCUCGUCUAUAUGGUAUUUUUUAAAUAUGUAUUUACAUUAAAAUUUACCAAACCAAUUAAACACGACUUUCAUUUUAUGAAUCCUGUGGUCAGCCGUUAUAAUUUCUACAUUUUGCCAAAAUUAAGUAGCAAGGUCAUUGAAAAAUAUAUUAACUGCUCC